CCAUGCUUCAUGUACCCAAACCCACAAGUUCAUACAGAAAACAAGUUUUUCUGCCACUGCCACCGUUGCACCAAUAUCACGCAUCAUGCUUCUUGUUGCCCUCCUCCUUCUUUCUUCCCCGAUGCUGUUAGCUGAAGGCCAAUCCUUCUGCAGCAAUACUAACAUCCUGCACAUGCCAAACAGUACCUACAUGUCCAACCUGAACUCCCUUGCUAAAGCCCUAUUUGCCAACGUCACAAAUUCAAACUCACAUUCAGCUAAUGGCACAGCGGGAACGAGCCCCAACAAGGUCUACGGAGUAGUGAUAUGCCGAGGAGACACUGCCCCUGGCAAUGACUGUGCGAACCGCCUCAAUAAGGUCCUUGAUGCAGCCAUCAACAAUAACGCUAGUAGUUCUUGCUCUUCCCAGAAGAACAUAACCUUGUUCGGCCACGGGUACCUUGCCCAGCUAAGAUUCUCUGACCAGGACUUCAUCUCCAGUUUCAGCAACGCUCCAGAAUGCACAGUAAGCGCUAAUCUGAACCCUCUGCCGGUUGGUGAUGCUUCAGAGCAUUUCAAUAAGCUUUUUUACAAGAUGAUGGUAAAGCUCACUGAUUCCAUGGUGAGCAAAACAAUCAAGUACAAGACAGGCGAAGGCUGGCUCAGUGAAACGAGCCAGACAGUAUACGGGCUUGUGCAGUGCACAGAGGGCAUGCUGCCGGAGGCUUGCCAGGAUUGCCUGAGAAGCACCAUCACAAAGAGGGAGCAGAUGGUUGGCAGUGGCCAGAUGGGUGGUGCAAUCCUUGGGGUGCACUGCAGCUUGUGGUACCAGACAGGCGUUCAGUUCUUUGCUGGCCACCCGAUGUUAUCGCUAAGCAUGCCCACACCAAACAAAUUUUGGAUCUGGAUCACGAUUGGAUCAUUCUCCGUCAUUGUUUCUGUUUCUUGGUUGCUUAUUCAUAUAUGGAUCAAAACAGAGAGAAAAAGAGAACGAGCAAGAUACGAACUACAACUGCUGUCAAUUGCAAUACAAAAUGUAUUAAAUCUUUGGAGGAUUGAAGAAGGCAAUUCAGGAUUUUCACUGUAUGAUUUCGCUCAGAUAAAAGAAGCCACAGACAACUUCUCAAGUGAAAACAAACUUGGACAAGGUGGUUUUGGACCUGUUUAUAAGGGCCUAUUGCCUGGUGGCCUUGAAGUAGCAGUCAAAAGACUUGCUGCAUGUUCUGUACAAGGUUUACUAGAGUUCAAAAAUGAAAUUCAGCUGAUAGCAAAGCUUCAACACAAAAAUCUUGUUAAGUUGCUUGGCUGCUGUAUCCAAGGAGAUCAAGAAAAGAUGCUUGUCUAUGAAUAUAUGCAGAACAAAAGCUUGGACCUCUACAUAUUCGAUUCAAAGAAAAGAGCACAAUUAAACUGGUCCAUGCGUCUACACAUAAUUGAUGGGAUAGCACAGGGGAUCCUAUAUCUUCACAAGCAUUCACGGUUAUGUAUUGUUCAUAGGGAUUUGAAAGCAAGUAACAUUCUCUUGGAUAGCGACAUGACUCCAAAAAUUUCUGAUUUUGGGAUGGCUAGAAUAUUCAGCUCCAAUGCGAUGGAAUUAAAUACCACCAGAAUAGUAGGCACACAUGGCUAUAUAUCUCCAGAGUAUGCUUUUGACGGGGUUUGCUCAGUCAAGUCAGAUGUGUUUAGCUUUGGCGUCUUGGUCUUGGAAAUAAUAAGCGGAAAGAGGACUACUGGUUUCUAUCCAUAUGAUGGAAAACUAUACAAUCUCAUCUCGUAUGCUUGGAAACUUUGGAGAGUUGGAGAAUGGUGCCAGCUGGUCUGUUGUCGCAUAGGAAACAAUCAUGAAAUGAUGGAAAGGUGCAUUCAGGUGGGGCUUUUAUGUGUUCAAGAGAGUGCAGAGGAUAGACCUGCUAUGGAUCAUGUGCUUACCAUGCUAAACAGCAAGAAUGUGAACUUGCCCAAGCCAAAGCAACCAGCUUACUUCUUUGUACGCUCUAGCUUGCUCUCUAGCGAGCCAGAAGUCCCAUCGUCCAACAUCAAUAUAAGUAUUACAUUAGAAAGGUAGUGUCGACGAUUGGUAAAGUCAAUUAUGUAAAUACUUAUUUAAAGUAGGGAUAUCUGGUAUCGAAGAGGAGGAUACAAGAUUUUAUACAAGUUCAAACAUCCUUUAGGAUAACAAUCCUAAGUACUGUACUGCCUUGAUUAAUCUUGGGAGAAGAUAAUUACAAUGCCUUGAUUAAUCUA